AUGAUUGUGGAUCCACCGCCAUUCGAGAGCGAGGGUGAUCGACUAUCCACCGUUCCUCAGCCGGCCAGAAGUUUGGAGGGUAGCUACGACAGUAGCAGCGGCGACUCGCCAAUCAGCAAUCACGGCGGCAACGGUGCGCACACCGCCCUGGCCGAUGUCAUCACCAUUCCAACUUCCAGGAACGUGCCCUCCUCGCAUCCCCACACUGGAUCAUCCAGUCAUUUGCCGCAGUGCCAGUUCGGUGGCAGUGCGGAACUUCUACUAUUGUACGCUACCAAGCUCCUCGAUCUUUUCCAGUGUCCUUGGGAUAUGCUGCCAUACAUGUACGUCAUCUUGAAAGACGUAAAUGGCAAUCUGGAAGAGGCUGUGAGACGUAUUUUUCAAGCUAACCACGAAAUUCGCACAAUGCGUUUUUGGAAUGAUUUCGGGAUGUUUCUACCUAGUCGGUAUUAUUGUACCGGAUGCACUGGUCCUACUGGGGCGCCAACUUACGAGGGACAGGUGCCCUACAUAGGAGGUGCACCACCUCCGAGUGCUAUCGACCUAGGGCCCCUUCCUCAUACAUUGAAUUCUCAUAUACCUGCCACUAGUGUACCCUUCGAAUCUGACACCCCUCCGGAACGUUCUGCUACGUAGCCUUGAUCGAUUACCGACCAGUCGGUGAAGUAAAGCGACUGGAAGAACAGGUCGAAUCCAAAGAGAAACGACGCCGUGUUAACGCCAGAGAAGUGGACCAGCAGAAGAAAACGGCGGAGAAAGAAACAACAACGCCAGCAUCAACAGCAACAGCAGCAUUAGUAACAACGGCAGCAGCAGAAGCAGCAGAAGCAGCAUCAGCAGCGAGAGCAGCACCACCACGAUCGGCGUUCUUCUUCGCUUGACCUGGUCAACGUUUCGAGAAUGUUUUCAAUUGGCAUUGUACCGGCUCGCAGCCUACCGUGCAGGAAAGCCACGAAAUUUUCAAUUAACUAGAACAUUGUACUUCUGGGAAACGGCCCGGGGCUACAGUUUCCCGGCUCUACCUAGGGUAAUACCUGCCGGUGGAGAUGUUCAAUUCCGAAGCGAACUGGAUUGGAGAGCCGAGCCGAGCCGUUACGAAACGUCGCGGCGACUGCAUUGAUGGGAGACCCGAUGAAACUCGCUACUUCAUCUUCAUCCUCCCGAUCGAGAUUGCCUCGGAAAUCGAGCUCGCUGCUGGUUGCCGCGCCGGUUCACGAGGUGGCCGACAACCACCGCGAUAGAACGCUGCGUCAAGGUUUCGCCAGGAAACAACAGCACCGUCGCGAACCGAGGGCCCACGUUCAAGACACAAUAGGGAGAGCGAUUGUAGCCGCAAACAAAUUAAGAGUGUGUUGUGUCCCGAA